UGAGUGCUUUUUGGAUAUUUUUAAAGAUACGGGAGUUGUUUUGGACUAUUUUUAGGAUAUUUAGGGAGGUGUUUAAUAUGUUAAAAAUAAAAUGGCUAGUUUAAUGAAAUGCUUUUAGUUAAUUUUUAUGGAAAUUUUUAAUUUUCUUAAAAUAUAGGGAAAUGUGGAUGCUUAAUAAUUGAUAAAAAUGAAAACAUAUACUGUAGAAAUUGUAAGAGUUAUUAAUAAAUUGGGAGAAAGUAAUGAUAUUUUUCCGUUUCUUUUUUAAAAAGUUAAUAGUAAUUAAUCAUAAUAUCUAAAUUAAGAAAUUUCUGAGGUAUUUAUGGAUUCUUUUUUAAUCGAAAUUCGAAAAAAUUAUAAAUUAAAUGAUAAUUGUGCUUUGAAAAUUUUUUUAGGUAAAAAUUUUGACUUUUAUUAUUAGAAAAAAAAUGAAUUUUUAAGUUUUUUUUCGAAAAAGAAAUAAAAAUUAUGUAUCUAAAUAAUAAUAAUGUUAAAGAAAUUAAAUAUGAUAUUUUUUAAAUUAAAGAGAGUAUUUUUUAGGGAUUUUCAAAUGAAUAAAAAGCUAAUUUAGGUCUAAGUCUUUCAAAUUAAUUAUUUGGAAUGUUAAAUUAAGAAAACAUUAAGGAAGAUGAAGAUGUGGAAGACUAUUUUUGUGUUUUGGAGUUUAUUUUGAAACUUUUUGAGACUUUUAAUAAAUCUUAUGACUUAAAAAUAAACAAUAUUCUAUUUAAUGUUGCUAACAAAGUAUUAAAUAUAUCCCUAAUGCUUAUUUUAAUUAAAAGAGAAAUUUCUAUUAAGCUUUUAAUUGAAAAAAAAGUAAUUUUCAUCUGUAAAUAUAUUUGUUAGAUAAAUGAAAAUUUCAGAUAGACUUUAAGCUUGUAGAUUUUUAGUAUUAUUUAUGAAGUUUUAAAUCAUAAGGAUUUAUAUCUGUAUACAUUAGAAUUUUCUAUUAAAUAUUUUUUGAUUAAAUAAAGAUUUUUAUUAUAUCAUAAUAUUGAUAUAAGUUAAUUUUAAUAAGAUUUUAAGAAUUUAUGUUCAAAAGGUCCUAAAGAUGUAGUCAAGGUGUUCAAGAAAAUAUGUAUAAUUGAAAGAAGAAAUAAAAAGAAGUUAGAGUGUAAAUUAAAGCCAGAUUAUUAGAGAAAAUUUCAUUAUAUUUAUUAGUUUACGGAAUAAGAGAAGUGCCUAUUUAAUUAACUUUAUGAAAUUUGCUCGAAAAAUGAACAAAAAAAAGAAUUUUUGUAAGAUUAUGAUGAGUUAAAUUGGGAAAAUAUAAAUACAAAAGUAAUGAAUAAAUAUGUUUUUGGUUAAAUAAUGUAAAAUUUAUUCAUAUAUUACCCAUGUUUGUCUGAAAUAAUGACUCAGGAGAAGAAAUAUAGGAAAAUUUUUGUUGAUUUUAUGUUAAAAGAUAGCUUGGGAAACUGCAAGUAAUUCAUAGUUUAGUUUUUUGUGAGUGUUUAUAUAUAAAAGCAUAAUUUAGAUUUGUUAGAAAAAUAUUGGGAAAAAUAUAUGAGAAAAAGUGAGAAAAUUGUUGAGAAAAUAUUCAUCAAAAUCGAAAAAUAUGAAAAAUUAAUGCUGUAUUUAUAAGUUUUGGAAUGUCUUUUUGAAAGUGGGAGCUAUUUUAGAUUUUUCGAAAAGAAAAAUAAUGAAAACAUGAAGGAGUUUUUGGAAAAAAUACUAAUGAAAAUGCUUUUUUUGGGAAAAAAAGAUGAGAAUUUAUUUUCUUUUUUAAAUUUGCCUUAAAUUUAUGCCGUUUUAUAUAAUAAUUAUAUAAACUAGAUUUUAAAAAAUGUCUUUAAAUAAAAUUAAAAAGACGCUUAUUAAAUUUAUAUAUUUGGAAGAGAAAUAAAAUAACUUUUUUAUUCAUAAAAUGCAGAUUUUUCGCAUUUUUUUGAUGUGCUAAAUUUUAUCUUUCAAAAUGAAAAUCAUAAUUGCAUUGAUUAUUCUUAAAAAAACAAAAAAGAAACUUUUUAAGAAUAAACCCCUAUUAUAAAUUAAUAAGACUUCGAAUUUUUAUAAGAGGAUAAUUUAUAAUAAAAUGAAUAAAAAAAACAAUAAAACUCAUAAAAAAAAACAGAACGAAAAAUGAACACUUAAAUGAGUUUUAAGGAAAAGGAAAAGCAGAAGGACCCGUAUUUUAAAUAAACUAUACAUAAUAGAGUAAAUUAGGAUUCGUUUAAUAAGCAAAAAUAAGCAGUUAAACAUAUAUAAAAGUGGUAGCUUAAUAAAUAUAGUAUUAAAAUCUCAAAAAAGAGCAUGUUUAUGAAAUUAAAAAAUUAAAUGCUUAUUAUAGAAAUAAAUGGAAAAAUACGUAUUCAUAAUUUGUUAUAAAUUAGGCAAAUUUAAGUGGAUUUUUAAUCAAUUUAUAUAGUAAAAUUAUUUAUGAGAAAUUCGUUUUAUAUAAGGAAUUGUUUGAAAUAUCUGUUUUGGUAUAGGAUUUGGAAGAUUUUGAAGAUAGCUAAGUUAAUAGUUCAUCUAAAAAAUAAAAAAAGAAAGUUUCUUCAAUUAAAAAGGGAAGUAAAGAAAAAUAGAAUUUAAAUUAGAAAAGAAAAGAAGAAGAAAAUACUAGUAUUUAAAAAAAAAAAAGUGUAGAAGAAACAGAGGAAGAUAGUGAAGAAUUUUUAAAUAUAGAAAAAAACAAAUAAAUAAUAAAUCUAAUUAAAAAUUCGAAAAAUAAGAAGAUUUUGAUAAAGCUUAUUAAAGAUGUAUUUAUGGAAGAUAU